UAGGUAGAUAAACUUUUAUUUGAAAAAUAUUUCGUCGUGGGAAAUUGUUUUCAAUUCAAUCACAGACCUAGAACACUAUAUACUAGCCAGAAAGUAAAGCCGCGAAAUGAUCAGAGCCUGUCGACCCCUGAUCUCCAAGAGUGGACUACACCUAAGACGAUGUUCCCAGUCGAAGGCUGCAAUUAACUCGAGAAAAGAAGAUGUCGAGGAAAUGGAAACGCCAGCAAAUAGACAGAGGGUGGAGAUACCACCAAAUCCCGAGGAGAAGCUGAGCAAGCGCUAUCUGGAGUUCCGGGAAAAGCUGCGAUCGGAGGCGCCGCUGGAACCCCUGCCCGAGUGUGCACCACAUCCGGCCCACGAAAAGGAGCCCCUGCAGCCGUGGCCCAACAACACCAAUCCCUAUACCGGGGAAAUCGGCGGACAGGCGGGACCAGAACCCACGCGCUAUGGCGACUGGGAGCGCAAGGGACGAGUCACGGAUUUCUAGGGGAGUGAUAUCUUCACCUGGAAACCUUUUUGUUUGGACAAUUGUGAUUUAUUAACCGUGUUAACAACAGAAGCACUCACAAUUCGUUACACUCCGAUGUGCGCUACAGUAGCCACGGAUCCAGAUCGAGAUGAGCAACAUCA